AUGGCGACCACCUCGAACAUGUUCGUGUACUCCUUGACGAUACAGCAUCCCACAGCUGUAACGCAAGCGAUUCUCGGCCAGUUCGCGGGCACGAAGGAGCAACAAAUUGUCACGGCAUCGGGCUCGAAGCUUACAAUCCAUCGCCCUGAUGCUGCACAGGGCAAGGUCACGCCAAUAUAUACACAAGAUGUGUUUGGCAUUGUAAGGUCACUUGCAGCUUUUCGGCUGGCCGGAAGUAGCAAAGAUUACAUCAUCAUCGGAUCUGAUUCAGGCCGCAUCACCAUCAUUGAAUACGUGCCCUCCCAGAACCGCUUUAACCGCAUCCACUUGGAAACAUUUGGCAAGUCUGGUGUUCGACGGGUAAUUCCUGGACAGUACCUUGCAGUGGAUCCCAAGGGGCGAGCUUGCCUCAUCGCUUCGGUCGAAAAGAACAAGCUUGUUUACGUUCUGAACCGUAACCCUCAAGCAGAACUGACGAUUUCAUCCCCCCUAGAGGCACACAAGCCACAGACUCUUGUCUUUGCGCUAAAGGCUUUGGAUGUGGGUUAUGAUAAUCCCAUAUUUGCAGCUAUUGAGGUCGAUUACUCCGAGUCAGAUCAAGAUCCGACGGGCCGUGCGUUCGAGGAAGUUGAAAAACACCUUGUCUACUACGAGCUCGAUCUUGGCUUGAACCAUGUGGUUCGCAGGUGGUCCGAUAUUAUACAUCGCACUUCAUCUAUGCUAUUCCAGGUCCCCGGAGGUGCCGACGGGCCAAGCGGUGUACUCGUCUGUGCCGAAGACAGUAUUACAUACCGUCACUCGAAUCAAGAUGCUUUCCGUGUACCAAUCCCCCGUCGCAAUGGUCCCACAGAGAAUCCGGAGCGGAAGCGAUGUAUCGUAGCUGGUGUUAUGCACAAAAUGAGAGGCGCCUUUUUCUUCCUGUUGCAGACUGAAGAUGGAGAUCUCUUCAAGCUGACAAUUGACAUGGUUGAAGAUGAAAGCGGCAAGCUGACUGGCGAGGUUCAGCGGCUCAAGAUCAAAUACUUUGAUACCGUUCCUAUUGCAACAGAUCUACUCAUUUUAAAGAGUGGAUUUCUAUAUGUUGCGAGCGAGACUGGCAACCAUCAUUUCUACCAAUUUGAGAAGCUCGGUGACGAUGAUGAAGAAACAGAAUUCACAAGUGAUGGCGUCCCUGCCGAUCCGAGCGAGCCUAUAUCUCCUGUUUACUUCAAUUUGAGAGGUGCCGAGAAUCUGAACUUGGUCGAAAGCAUCAACUCUUUGAAUCCUAUCAUGGAUUGCAAAAUCACCGAUGCAACCGGAGAGGACGCUCCCCAGAUUUAUACUGUUUGCGGUACAGGCGCUAGAAGCAGCUUCAGGACCCUCAAACACGGUCUGGAGGUUUCCGAAAUAGUCGAAUCUGAACUGCCCAGCGUUCCGUCUGCCGUUUGGACCACCAAACUGACGCGUAAUGAUGAGUUCGAUGCCUACAUUGUUCUGUCAUUCACGAAUGGAACUCUAGUCCUCAGCAUUGGAGAAACAGUAGAAGAAGUUACAGAUACUGGGUUCUUAUCUACAGCGCCCACCUUGGCGGUGCAGCAACUCGGAGAAGAUUCGCUGAUUCAGGUCCACCCAAAAGGUAUCAGGCAUAUUCUUGCUGAUCACCGUGUUAAUGAAUGGCCUGCGCCCCAACAUCGGACAAUUGUCGCUGCAGCUACCAACGAGCGCCAAGUCGCUGUAGCCCUAAGCUCUGGCGAGAUCGUAUACUUUGAGAUGGACACCGAUGGCUCGCUGGCUGAGUAUGAUGAAAAACGCCAGAUGUCGGGUACAGUUACAUCCUUGAGUUUGGGUGAGGUUCCAGAAGGCCGUGUGCGAAGUUCAUUCCUAGCGGUUGGCUGUGAUGACUCAACUGUUAGGAUUCUCAGUCUGGACCCGGAUUCUACGCUGGAAAAUAAAUCCGUGCAAGCUCUCACAUCUGCACCAUCUGCUCUGAAUAUUAUGUCCAUGGCCGAUUCAACUUCUGGUGGCUCAACACUGUACUUGCAUAUCGGGCUAUACUCCGGUGUCUAUCUUCGAACAGUACUCGAUGAAGUUACCGGUGAACUCUCCGAUACACGAACCCGAUUCUUGGGCGCAAAACCAGUGAAAUUAUUUAGGGUUUCCGUCAAAGGCCAGACUGCCGUUCUUGCUCUAAGCUCUCGUCCCUGGCUGGGGUACUCUGAUGUGCAGACAAAGAGCUUCAUGCUCACCUCUUUGGACUAUGUCGGAUUAGAAUGGGGAUGGAACUUUUCCAGCGAACAAUGCCUAGAGGGAAUGGUUGGAAUUCAGGGACAAAAUCUGAGGAUCUUCUCGAUUGAAAAGCUGGACAAUAAUGUACUACAGGAGUCUAUUCCUUUAGCAUACACGCCACGCCAAUUUGUGAAGCACCCAGAACAGCCGCUAUUCUAUGUCAUUGAGUCUGAGAAUAACGUUCUUUCGCUCGCUACUCAGUCCCGCUUACUGGAAGAGUCGCAACUCCAGAAUGGAGAAGCUGUCAUUCCCCCAGCAGAUGUUUUCGGCUACCCACGGGCUACUGGACAUUGGGCUUCGUGCAUUGAGGUGGUGGACCCUAUCAGUGCUAAAUCCGUUCUCUCUCGUCUCGAGCUUGAGGAGAAUGAAUCCGCGGUCAGCGUUGCUGCGGUUUCGUUUGCAAGUCAGGACAAUGAGACAUUCCUUGUUGUUGGCACCGGCAAAGAUGUGGUUACCUAUCCCCGGUCCUUCUCGGCCGGAUUCAUCCAUAUCUAUCGAUUCCAAGAAGAUGGCAAAGAACUGGAGUUUAUUCACAAGACGAAGGUUGAGGAACCCCCACUUGCACUCCUCGCCUUCCAAGGGCGUCUUGUUGCUGGAAUAGGAAAGAUUCUGAGGAUCUAUGACCUUGGAAUGAAACAGAUGCUUCGAAAGUGUCAGAUUCAAGUCGCGCCAAAACUGAUUGUUGGCUUGCAGACACAAGGCAGCCGUAUUGUUGUCAGUGACGUGCAAGAAAGCGUGACUUAUGUUGUGUAUAAAUAUCAAGAAAACCAACUCAUUCCGUUCGUGGAUGACGUUAUUGCACGCUGGACGACGUCCACGACAAUGGUUGAUUACGAAACGACAGCAGGCGGGGACAAAUUUGGCAACCUCUGGCUUGUUCGCUGUCCGAAAAAGAUAUCGGAUGAGUCUGACGAAGACGGUUCUGGCGCACACCUUAUCCACGAAAGAUCAUAUCUCCAAGGCACUGCAAACCGGUUAGAACUCAUGGUACAUUUUUACACGCAGGAUAUCCCCACCAGCAUCCACAAGACACAUCUUGUUGUUGGAGGAAGAGAUAUUUUAGUAUGGAGCGGUCUUCAAGGUACGAUUGGCAUGAUGAUUCCAUUCAUCAGCCGAGAGGACGUGGACUUUUUCCAAAACCUGGAGACGCAACUCGCCGCUCAAAACCCGCCGCUUGCCGGACGCGACCAUCUCAUUUACCGGGGUUACUAUGUGCCCGUCAAGGGUGUGAUUGAUGGCGAUCUGUGUGAAAGCUACUUCCUACUUCCUAAUGAUAAAAAACUUAUGAUUGCGGCGGAAUUGGAUCGCAGUGUCCGAGAAAUCGAGCGCAAGAUUUCGGACAUGAGGACCCGCGUCGCGUACUAG